CGGGGCCGCCGGGAGCGCCGAGCCGCCAUGGCCGGCAGCGGGCCCGCGCUGGAAACCAUCCAGGCGGAUGGGACGGACGGGAACUGCGUCACGUUCGUGCUGCACGACGAGGAUCACACCCUGGGCAACUCCCUGCGCUACAUGGUCAUGAAGAACCCUGACGUGGAGUUCUGUGGCUACUGCAUCACACACCCCUCGGAAAGCAAGAUCAACUUCAGGAUCCAGACCAGAGGGGCCCUUCCUGCUGUGGAGCCAUUCCGGAAGGGGCUGAAUGACCUGAUGGGUGUGUGCCAACACGUGCUCAACACCUUUGAGAGGAGCAUGAAGGAGUUCAGGGCACAGAAGGAGGAGGAGAUGCAGUAGCCUUUGGGAGUGGCAUGGAUGUGUAACCUUUGUGUGUUGAAUUCCCUGUGUCCAAACAAGGUCGUUUUUGUUGGGUUUUUUUAUGACUUUGUUGCAAAUUGUAUUUUCUUUAAUAAUAAAAAGUUUAUUAAUUUA